GAAGCUGCAGAGAGUUUGGAGUAAAACUAAUCUCAUCCAGAUUCAGCGGAUCUCACAGACCUCAGGACGGAUCACAGGUCACCGUGACUACACAUGAAGAUGUUGGCGCUGCCUCUCCUCAUCACUUUAUUGCACUGUCCUCUUUGUCUGUCAGUGACAGUAAGCAGCAGUAAACCCAAAGUGGAGGUCCAUGAGCACACAGAUGCUGUGCUCUCCUGCGAGUUCAGGACAGAAAAGGAUCAGAAUCCUCGAAUCGAGUGGAAGAAGAAAGGAAAGGCGGUGACAUUUGUGUACUUUAAUCACAAAUUUACUCGGUCUUACGAAGGACGGGCAAAGAUAGAGGGAGCAACGCUGACAAUACACUCUGUUACUCAGAAAGACUCGGGGGAAUACCGCUGUGAGGUGACUGCCAGCGAGGACCACGUCAACCUUGGGGAGGCGACUGUGACCCUCAAUGUCCUCGUGCCUCCUCAUGUGCCGUCCUGCGAGGUUCCGAGCUCUGUGUUUGUGGGCUCAGGCCUGGAGCUCCACUGUAAGGACAAACUCAGCGUGCCUCCUGCCACCUACCGCUGGUACAAAGACAACAAGGCUUUGACGGCCACAGCAGACACGCCAUACAGCGUGGACGCAAACAAGGGCACACUGAAGUUAAAGAGCGUGUCCAAAACAGAUGCCGGCAUGUACCGCUGUGAGUCCUCCAACAGCGUGGGGGCGCCCAAGAGCUGCGUGGCCCAACAACUGAAAGUUAUUGAAUAUCCUUUGAACAUGACGAUUUUGAUUGCAGGAGCUGCAGGUUUCCUGACGCUCAUCUUCCUCUGCUGCAUCUGCGUGUGUGUCUGCCGACGCCGAGGCUGCUGCAAGAAGGACAAGAAAAUGAAAAGCACCAAGUCCUACAACCCUCCUCCUCCUCCUCCUCCCAUCCACAAUAUGAAGCACUACAAACAAACUCACUCCUUCAUGAUCUGAAGAGGAAACAGUCUCCCACUUUGACUUCAAACUGUCCAAGAUCUAAAGUGCACCCUUACUGUGCAACACACUGGAAAGUUACCCGACAAUCGCCUCGCUUUGGGCCGGCUGCUCACUGCUUGCUGGGAUGGACACAUCGACAGACAGAUGUUCACAUAUAAAGCAAAAACAAGAGUUAAACAGGAUUUUGCAACAAUCUUGUUGCUUCCUAAACACUGGCAUCUAUGCAUUGAGUUUGAGUUUGGAGGAUGUUUUCUACUUUCAUUUUCACCACAAACUUACAGUACUGUAAAUUCAGGGUUUAACUCAGCUCCUCAAACUGCUAUAACAUGUUUUAUCACUAUAUUUUUCAUUUGUGUGUCAAGACGUUUUUAAAAUCUUGUUUUUAAACCGUAUUUUUUCAUCUCUCAGAAGGGUCCAAGUUCAGCACUUCAGUUCAUGUUUUAGCUGUCUUGUGCCACCUACAGGCAAGAAACUGCUAUUCAGCCACACUGAUUACAGCACAUACUGUACAGAUUAUAGUCUUUGUAUUGUCUUUCAUUUAUAUUUAGAUGUUGUUUCAUAUGAUGCUAUUUUUUCCUCUUUGUCAUUUUUAUAUAUUUUAUAAAAGCUGUUUGCGUAUUGACCUCAUAAUUGUACACUGUUUAGUCUUUGGCUGUAUAAAUUUGAACGAUGUGAAUUGAGCAACAAAUGAACAGGUGUCUGCACACACUGAAUGGUGCUCUGGAAGCUUUUUAAAUCUUUGACACUGUUUUUCAGAAUCUGCCCCCUUUGAUCAAUAAAGAACGAUGAA